AUGGCUGCCACAUUGGACUCUCGGCGGCUGGGGGGCAUCUUCCAAUCGCGGCCUGACAUCCUCGCCGGUAUCAAACACGCAGCUGAUUCUCCUGACCGGAUAGCCCUCUUCAACGAGAUUGCAAAACAUGUGUCCGACCAGCUGCAGGCCAGCGACGAGCCAGCGCAGAAGAGGCGAAAGAUUAGCCCCGGCCAAGCAGUUGGUCAAGCCGAUGGAGCCAAUGGAUCGCUGGCUCAGCAGGGACUUGGAAAUGCCUCCGAGGAGGCUGUCCUUCUUGAGAUGAAGGAAAUAUCCGUGUCCGCACCCCAGCGGAAGAAAUUGGAGCUCUGUCUCACCCACAACUUUCUCUACGCCCGAGCCCCGGGAACGACAGCGCCGAUACCUGCAAUGACUUUUGCGUGGCGAGACAUUGAGUAUGCAUUUUACCUACCAGUCCCGGACAAGGCACAGGUCCAACACAACUACCUCCUUUUCCCUCGCGGCACGUGCCUCGCUUCCAAAAGCAACCCGUCCGCUGCGGAGCCGCUCGUCUUCACCGUUCCCUUGACCGCCCCGAAGGAGGGCACCAUCGGUGGCAGCGAUGCCGGGAAAGCAGCUUCCGUCUCGGACACGUACAAGUCCCUCUUCCACUGGGCCUUCGAAAUGCGACUCAAGGCGGCUGGCCACGCCGUCCAAAUCGUCUCCGCCAACCCCAACAAGUUCUGCAGCGUAAUCAGGCAAGCGCACCGGCCGAACGAAAAAGCCGUCCACGUGGCCGGUUUCCGGGGCUCCAAGGACGGCUAUCUGUUUUUUCUCGAGAACGGGAUUCUGUGGGGAUUCAAGAAGCCCUUGAUUUUCAUUCCCCUCGACCGGAUCGCCGCCACCAGCUAUACAAACAUCCUGCAGAUUACUUUCAACGUUAUUGUCGAGGUCUUCGCCGGCGAAGGCGAGGCCACCGAGGAGUUUGAGUUUGCCAUGAUCGAUCAACAAGACUACAACGGCAUCGACGACUACAUAAAGCAGAACCAUCUACAAGACCGGAGCAUGGCAGAACAAAGGAAGGGCAAGCUUCAGCUGGCCGAGAACCGGGCAGCGAAGCGGAACGGCGAGGAGGGCCCGGAUGGCAACGCCGCCAGCGACGGUAUGACAGAGCUUCAGCGUGCCGAAGCCGAGGUCGAGCAAGAGCUGCAGGAUGAUGAGGACGAGGAUGAGGAAGACUACGACCCGGGCAGCGAUGGUGAUAGCGAAGGUUCUGGCAGCAGCGACGAUGACGAUGACGACGAUGACGAUGGCGAGGCUGACGACGAUGGCGAGGCUGACGACGAUGACGACGAUGAGGCGGGGGAUGAAGAGGGUGACGGCGGUGUCGAGGACGGAGAAGACGAGGAGGAGGAGGAGGAGGAGGGGAAAGAGAAGCCAGCAAAGCCCGGUCAACCCCUGAAACCGGUCAAGCCUAGCCAGGUGGCUGCUUCUCCGCCGGUGUCUCGGGUGCCUGUGCGACAAGGCUGGGCUGCUGCAGGCAACUCACGACGUGCUGCCGACGACUUGGACAUGGAGGAAGCAUUCGAUGUGGUGGGGUGA